AUGGCUCAAGUCGACUCCCAACUCAAAGACGUCGUCAUCACCGGCGCCGUCAACGCCGACGCCCGCAAGAUCCUCACCAAGGACGCCUGCGCCUUCCUAGCCAUCCUGCACCGCGCCUUCAAUCCCACCCGCAAGGCCCUCCUGCAGCGUCGCAUCGACCGCCAGGCCGAGAUCGACAAGGGCCAUCUCCCCGACUUCCUGCCCGAGACGAAGCACAUCCGUGACAACGAUGCCUGGAGGGGCGCCCCGCCUGCUCCUGGGCUGGUCGACCGUCGUGUCGAGAUUACUGGCCCUACGGAUCGCAAGAUGGUGGUGAAUGCGUUGAACUCGGAUGUGUGGACAUAUAUGGCUGAUUUUGAGGGUAUUGCUCUCUUCCCUUCCCUCGGGUCUGGAUCACAGAAUAACAACAAGACUGACAACCCCCCAGACUCCAGCGCCCCCACCUGGGAUAACAUGAUCAACGGCCAAGUGAACCUCUAUGACGCCAUCCGCCGCCAGAUCGACUUCACCCAGGGAUCAAAAGAAUACAAACUCCGCACCGACCGCGUCCUCCCCACACUCAUCGCGCGCGCCCGUGGCUGGCACCUGGACGAGAAACACUUCACAGUCGACGGUGUCCCCAUCUCAGGCAGUCUGUUCGACUUCGGCCUGUACUUCUAUCACAACGCCAAGGAACUCGUGGCCCGGGGCUUUGGGCCGUACUUCUACCUCCCCAAGAUGGAAUCGCACCUGGAGGCGCGGCUGUGGAACGAUGUGUUCAACCUCGCGCAGGACUACAUCGGCAUGCCGCGGGGGACGAUCCGAGGCACGGUGCUGAUCGAGACGAUCACGGCGGCGUUCGAGAUGGACGAGAUCAUCUACGAGCUCCGGGAUCACAGCUCGGGUCUGAACUGCGGACGCUGGGAUUAUAUCUUCUCGUUCAUUAAGAAGUUCCGCAAGCACCGCGGGUUUGUGUUGCCAGAUCGGUCGGACGUUACCAUGACGGUGCCAUUUAUGGAUGCCUAUACCAGGCUGCUGAUUAAGACAUGUCAUCGGAGAGGCGUGCAUGCUAUGGGCGGCAUGGCAGCUCAGAUCCCCAUCAAGACGGACCCGGCGGCCAACGACAAGGCGAUGGAGAGCGUGCGCGCCGACAAGCUGCGCGAGGUGCGCGCCGGCCACGACGGCACUUGGGUCGCCCACCCGGCCCUGGCCGCCGUCGCCUCCGACGUUUUCAACACCCACAUGCCCACCCCCAACCAGCUGUUCGUCCGUCGCGAGGAUGUCCACGUCACCGCCAACGACCUGCUCAACACCAACGUCCCCGGCAAGAUCACCGAGGACGGCAUCCGCAAGAACCUGAACAUUGGUCUGUCAUACAUGGAGGGCUGGCUGCGUGGUGUGGGCUGUAUCCCUAUUAACUACCUUAUGGAAGACGCCGCCACCGCCGAAGUCUCCCGCAGCCAGCUGUGGCAAUGGACCCACCACGGCAUCACCACCUCGGACGGCAAGAAGAUGGACAAGGCCUACGCCCUGCGUCUGCUGCAGGAGCAGGCCGACAGCCUCUCCGCCAAGAGUCCCCAGGGCAACAAGUUCCAGCUCGCCGCGCGGUACUUCGCCGGCCAGGUGACCGGCGAGGACUACGCCGAUUUCCUGACCAGUCUGCUGUAUAAUGAGAUUUUGUCACCGGGAACGGCGGAGCCGGCUGCGAAGUUGUAG